AUGGACUGUGCUGGUAUGAAUGAUGUCAUCAGGAAAGCUUCUGACCUGUACCUAGCAGAUGAUUACAAAGAGGCCCAGAAGAAUGAGCGGGAGUCCAUCCGGCAGAAGCUGGCUCUGGGGAGCUUCUUCGAUGACGGGCCGGGGAUCUACACCGGCUGCAGCAAGAGCGGGAAGCCCAGCCUGUCCUCCCGGCUGCAGAGUGGGAUGAACCUGCAGAUCUGUUUCGUUAACGACAGCGGCAGCGACAAAGACAGUGAUGCCGACGACAGCAAGACAGAAACCAGCCUGGACACUCCACUGUCCCCCAUGAGCAAGCAGAGCUCGUCCUACUCGGACCGGGACACCACAGAAGAAGACUGUGAGUCUCUGGAGGACAUGGACUUCCUGAGCCGGCAGAAGAAGCUGCAGGCGGAGGCCAAGCUGGCGCUGGCGAUGGCCAAGCCCAUGGCCAAGAUGCAGGUGGAGGUGGAGCGCCAGAACCGCAAGAAGAGCCCCGUCGCCGACCUGUUGCCCCACUUGCCCCACAUCAACGAGUGUCUGAUGAAGAGGAGCCUGAAGCCCACCGACCUGCGGGGCAUGACCCUGGGGCAGCUACAGGUCAUCGUCAACGACCUGCACUCACAGAUAGAGACUCUGAAUGAGGAGCUUGUGCAGCUGCUGCUGAUUCGGGACGAGCUGCACAUGGAGCAGGACGCCAUGCUGGUGGACAUCGAGGACCUGACCAGGCAUGCAGAAAGCCAGCAGAAACACAUGGCUGAGAGAACCCCGUCUAAAUGAGCUGUCCGACCCCUGACCCGCGCCCCACGACCCCCGCCCUCUGACCCCUGACCCCGGCCCGCGCCCUCUGACCCCUGACCCCGGCCCACGCCCUCUGACCCCUGACCCCGGCCCGCCCCAGCAGCCUGCAGGAGGGCCUCGCUGUCAUGCGCUUCUGUGGUUGUGUAUUCGCUGAAGGAGGAGACGCCGUUACGUGUUCGUCAUGAAAACUUCCACGCUUCCUGUGCAGUGACCGAUCGGCCGCGCUUCUCUGUACCUUCUUUUAAACUCUCCACAUUCACCACAAAAUUUUAACUGUCAAUUAUAUAUACAUAUGUACCUAAUAAAGUGCUCACUGAGUGUAUAUACAUAUGUAUGUAUAUAUGCACACGAAUGGGUGGAAAACGAUAUUAGUUAAAUAGAAAUGAAAUAAAACAUUGUAUAAAAGCUAAAAACUAACUUCUGAAAUGUUUAAGUUGGACAGUAUCUAAAGUUGGCCUCUUUCUAUUCUGCACAAAUGGUAGUUUUCAACUGAGAAACUUUUAUUUGAAGGUGCUAAGUGAGCCUUGUAGUCAAAGUUGUAGCAUUUGUUUGUUAAUAUGUUCACUCUAAUCGGUCUUCAACAUUUUGUAAAUGUUGAUUUUCUGACACGAGUCAUUUUAAAAAAGAAGAAAAAGAAAACUGUGUUAUCGUUUUCAUGCAGCUGUAUUCAGAGGAGGGGACAUUUAUGUACAGAUAUGUAAAAUAAAUAAUAAAUAAAACUUUGUUUCAUA